AUGUUCAUCCCACAUAAACAACUAUUGCUGGAGAUGCUAUUCUCCUCAUUGAUAGUAUAGAAGAUAAAAUCUCUAUAAAGAAAAUAAGAUACUUAAUACAUCCUAGCUAAAUAUUUCUACUUUGUUCAAAAUGUUCCUCUUGCAUCUUCCAAUCUAGGAUUAAUAUAUCACAAUUACUAAUAAUCUUGGCAUUUCUAAGUACAAUCUCAUUAAACUAAAUUAAACUAAGAAAGAUAUGGGGUUAAGCAUUAAAAAAUUAUUAUAUUAAAUAUUUUUCAAAAUUGUAAUUAUUAAGAUGGCCACGUAGUUGAAUUUGAUGAGAGCAUAUUCUCUCGCAAAUACAACAGAGGUAGGCUUUUAAGGAGGUAGUAUAGGGUUAUUGGUAUGACCGAAAGAAAUAGUAAAGAAAAUAAAAACUGUUUUAAUACCAAUUUUAGCAAAGAAUAAAGAAACUAUUAUUCCUCUAAUACAGCAGUUUGUAUCUAAAAACUGUAAAUUUAUCUGUACUGCUAAAUGGCGCACUUAUUCUUCAUUAAAAUAGAAUAGCUAUAAGCAUUAUACAGUUAAUCAAUCCAAAAACAUUGUAGAGAAUAAAAAAUAAGAAUAAUAAUAAUACAAUAAAAGAUAAAAAAAUAAAAAUUAUAAUAGAGAAAAAAAUUAUAAAAAAGUGUUGGGAUAAUAUAUCCGCACUUAAACAAUUGA